AUGAGUGAACUUCAUGGCCGCGUGUUCGCCCGCCAGAAUGCCUAUAACGGGCUUGCCGAUGACUUACGCGAACAGACAGAAGCCGCUCAGAAGCAUCUGAUUGAGAAGAAAACGGAAGUUUUUACGUCGCAUCAUUCAGCCCUUGUGAAGGUGCCACUGAGCGUGCGUGGCAAAGAACUCAUUGACUUUUUGGAUAAGUGGCUUACUCCUGAAGAAACAGAAAAGAAAAUUGAGGAGACACCUUCCGCGGAAUCUGAAAAAAAGGAGGAAGACGCGGCAGAUCUUCCUAAAGCUAAAGGCGAGACUCCUGAGGUUGAGGUUGAGGCUCCAAAGGCUGAGGAUGAGGCUGUGAAGGCUGAGGAUGAAGCUUCGAAGGAUGAAGAUGAGGCUUCGAAGGAUGAUAACGCUGCAAACGUCGAAGAAACUGCCAAGGUCGCAGAGACGACUGAAACACCGAAGGAGGCAACUAGCAAGGAAGAAUCUUCUAAACCCAAGAAGGAAGAUAAAAAGAAAGAGAAGAAAGUGGAAAAGCCUUCACCAUACCGUGCUCGUGCUAAAGAGAUCGCCGAGGCAUUGGUGCUCGCAGGUUUUGUCACUGCAUACAAAGAUCGCGUCAAGAAUUACCUGGCCGAUCCACCCAAGGAGUUUGUGACGGACAACGAGCUGUUUGUUCCACUAUCUGAAGCUAUUACCGAAUCAAAAGAAACGAGUGUAUGGCACGUGGUGGAUGGUGCCAUAUAUGCAUCGCAACUCAAGCGCAAAGCUGGUGUGUUCUCCGCUUUUACCCAAGGAAAAGAUGUAUAUGUUGUGGCCAAUGAAAAGACGCAGAAAAUUUACUUUUUCGAGUCUGACGUGGCACGGUCUGCUGUUGCAGAAUAUGCCGCGGCCGAUGGAUUAGUCCAAUACGAUAAUGCUCACUUUCAAUUCGGUGUCAAGCUUGUGUAUGGCGACAAGUUUGAGUUGUUGAACCUUGUGACAAAGGAUGACCAAGAGGCGUUUCUUAAUACGCUACUAAAUGUUGGAGUGCAGUACCGUGAAGUGUACAAUCUGGCAGCAGAAGAGGCCAAAUCAUUCUAUGAACUCAAAGAUUUCGACAUGAAUAAGAAGGAAGUGAGUAUGGAAGAUUACAAGGGAAAGGUUGUUCUUGUGGUCAAUGUCUCGAGCAAGUGUGGCCUUACGCCGACAAACUACCCAGAAUUGCAACAACUGCAUGAAAGGUACCAGGAACAAGGUCUUGUGGUUCUAGGUUUCCCAUGCAAUCAGUUUGCUGGUCAGGAACCAGGCACCCAUGAAGAAAUCAUGGAAUUUGUUAAAGAGUAUAAUGUCACAUUUCCGCUGUUUGAAAAGCAUGAUGUGAAUGGUGCAAAUGCACGACCAGUCUUUACGUACCUUAAGGCCAAAUUGCCGGGCACGUUCGGAAACUACAUCAAGUGGAACUUUACCAAGUUUCUUGUGGAUCGCAAUGGACAGCCGUUUAAACGAUAUGGACCAAAGGAGCUUCCGUUUUCUUUUGAAGAGGAUAUUAAAGAAUUGCUAGCCAAGGCACCAGAGCCGGAAAAGACAGAGGAAGAAGUUCCAGACGACGUCGCAUCUACCAAGUCGGACGAAGUGACGUCAGACAAGGAGGAGACGGCACUUGAGGACAAACAAGAGACGCCUGCUGAAGAGAAAAAAGAAACGGUAACAGAGGUGAAAAGCGAAGAGAUAACGGAGGAGAAGGAAGUAGCGACGACGGAGAUCAAGGUGGUAACAGAGGAGACGAAGAUUGAAAAGACGGAAACGAUUGCCACCACAAUCGAGGAGACAAAGGUUGCUGCUACGGUUGAGGAGACGACACCCAAGGUAGAAAUCGUGAAAACGGAAGAUGUGGUGGUCGCUGUCAGUGCACCAUAG